GAAAAUUAAAAAAUAAACCAAAAAUUUCAGAUUAAUUUUUAUAAAAAAUAUAAAUUAAAACGGAUAGUAAUCUUUACAUAAACAACAACAACAAUAAUAUUAAUCUUUGAAAUUUGUGUUCUUAUUUUGAAUAAAAGUUAUUGAUGGCUGCUAGUGCAAAUCCAACUGCAAAUAACAAUAAUGGGUCAACUACAAAUGGGAAUGGCGCCGCCGCCACAAACGGUGGUGGCGGUGGGUCAGCUGUGCCGGAGAAUACGGUGGUGGGGCCUACACAAGCUGCUUUAAGGCAUAACCCAGGUUUAGCUGUUGAAUGGGCACCCGAUGAACAGUCUCUUUUGGAAGAAUUGCUUACAAAAUAUGCCUCAGAUAGUAGUAUAUUACGUUAUGCAAAGAUUGCAAAGAAGUUACAAGACAAGACAGUUCGGGAUGUGGCUUUACGUUGUAGAUGGAUGACGAAGGAAAAUGGGAAACGAAGGAAAGAAGAUAAUUCAUCUAGGAAGAACAAAGAUAAAAAGGAGAAAGUAACGGACCAUCUGGCAAAGUCAUCGUCUCAUACCACAAACCGUGCCAAUGGCCCUCCAUAUGCUCAAUCAACAGUUUCUAUGGACAGUGAUGAUGGUAUCUCUUACAAAGCCAUUGGUGGUACAGCAGGGCAGCUUCUUGAGCAGAAUGCUCAGGCACUGGAUCAAAUAUCCGCAAAUUUUGCCGCUUUUAAGGUGCAUGAGAACAUCAAUCUUUUCUGCCAGGCGAGAAAUAAUAUUCUCUCAAUCAUGAAUGAUUUAAAUGACAUGCCGGAGAUAAUGAAGCAGAUGCCGCCACUUCCUGUUAAGCUUAAUGAGGAACUUACCAAUUCCAUGCUUCCCCAUUCGUCUUUGCAGAAAAAAUCUUGAAUCCUUCAGUGAAAAUCGUCACAUUUGUAUCCCAAUGUGUCCGUUUCUCACAUCAAACCUGGAGAUGAUGUUAUUUCCAGUAAUUAGUCGAAAUGUCAUCCAAAGUCCUUUUGUCGGGUUACUUGUAUUAUUUUGCUAGAUGUUUGUAAAUAUGUAUCUAGUUGUGUCAAAGAAAGGAUUCGCCGACUCUUGUAAAUUCACAGUAGAAUUAAAUCAAAGUUGGUUCUAGGUUUGUUUCCGUCCGUUGAAAGCAAUUCAACGAAAGGGAAUGACCUUUAGUUUAUGAAA